GAGGCUCGAAUAGACUUUGCCUCAAAGUCUUCUGCAGUUGUUUUGGUCUUGUCAAAGAUGGCGUUUGCAAAACUCGCAAAUCGAUGUCGAGGGUUGAACAAAUCGUACCGUGUUUGGGCUUUAUGCAGGAACGUCUCAGGGAAAGCUCAAGCUGCGUAUGAGCUGCCAACAACUGCCACGGAGGCAUUAUGUGAUGAACAUAUUUUCACUGAAGAACACUUGCAAAUGAGGAAUACUCUCAACAAAAUUAUAGAAAAGGACAUUAACCCUUACGUUGAUGAAUGGGAAAAGGAUGGACAAUACCCCGCGCAUCAGGUCUUCAAGAAACUAGGGGAUGCCGGACUGCUUGGCGUAACAAAACCUGUAGAAUUUGGUGGUUUAGGCCUCGACUACUCGUAUUCUGUUGCAUUGGCAGAGGAAUUAGGCAAUAUUCGCUGUGGGUCUGUUCCAAUGUCAAUCGGUGUACAAACAGAUAUGUGUACUCCAGCUUUAGCGAAAUUUGGCAGUGAUGAACUUAGAGAGCUGUUUUUAGCACCAAGUAUAUCAGGAGAUUAUGUUGGCUCGGUUGGUGUUAGUGAAGUAGAGGCUGGCUCUGACGUUGCUGCUAUAAGAACCAAAGCUGUCAAAGACGGGGAUGACUAUAUUAUAAAUGGUGGCAAAAUGUGGACUACAAAUGGCGCCCAGGCAGACUGGAUGUGCAUUCUCGCCAACACCAGUGAUGGGCCUCCACACAAGAAUAAAUCGCUCAUUAUCAUACCAACUAACGCAGAAGGUUUUGUGAUGGAGAAGAAGAUUGAAAAGCUCGGAAUGUGGGCAUCAGAUACUGUGCAAACACAUUUCGAUAACAUCAGGGUGCCACAGAAAUUCAGAAUUGGAGAAGAAGGAUUUGGAUUUAUGUACCAAAUGUUUCAAUUUCAGGAAGAAAGAUUAUUUGCAGCAGCAAGCACUGUCCUGGCCUUGGAACGCUGCAUUAACGAAACAGCCCAAUACUGCAGUCAGAGAAAAAUAUUUGGAAAGCCGGUCUUAGAUAAUCAAGUGGUUCAUUACAGGCUUGCAGAACUGAUGUCGGAGGUUGAACUGUUGCGUUCUCUACUCUAUAGAGCAACAGGGCUUUAUGUACAAGGACGAGAUGUAACAAAGUUUGCGACGAUGCUCAAGCUGAAAGCAGGGCGCCUUUCUAGAGAAAUACCCGACACCUGCUUACAAUAUUGGGGUGGCAUGGGGUACACAGACAUUGAAAUUUCACGCAUGUUCCGUGAUUUUAGGCUCAUGUCUAUUGGUGGAGGUGCUGAUGAAGUUAUGUUAUCGAUCAUCUGCAAAUUCAUGGGAACCCUUCCCAAAAUGUGAAGAUUCUUCAUUCUGACUUCUGUGUGCAACGCAUGCAUUUGUUUUGCUACUAGACUUAUUUAGAGAAAAGAAAAUGCUUUUCUAAGUAAAAUCUCGUCUCGUCUGUAAUGAAGUCCUUGUUGCUAUUAAAGGCAAUCUGUCACGACGUUGAUUGAUUAUAAGAACAAAGGGAUUUUUUAUUGUUUCCAGUCCCCCUUUAAAUUAUCGCAUUGUAAAAAAUAUGGCGCAGCGCUGGAAUCGUGUUUAGGCUAUUGUUCCAGCUAUUGUUCUCGUUAACCAAUCCACAACGAGACAGAUUGCCUUUCAGCAAGGAAAUUACUGUACAAUACUAUUGAAUUCCACACACACUUUUCACUGACAAUUGUUUUUUUGGGUGUUCUAGUAUUUCUGAAGCACGUAAUCAUGAAGAGACGUUGGCAUUCCCUUGGCCUAAUCCUGAAAUGGCCUAAUCUAGAACGAAGUUUUGAUAGCUAAAAGUCUGGAACAUUGCCUGAUAGACGCCCGCAAAGGCCGCUGACCCAUCCGCAGAAUAUGCUGCUUGAGGGAGAAAAAAUACGAGCUUGGGUGCUAUUAAAUUUCGCAAAUUCCUGGCAUUUAGUAGACUAUUUUGUUAGUCUCGCUAUAGUCUGUUUGAUAUUCAACAAAAUGAAGAGAAUUUUUGCUGUCCCACUUCCUUCGGAUAUUUAUUGACACAAAGAAUUUACUCGUCAAAAAUGUUUGAGUCAAAAGCUUUCACUGUCCCAUUUGGCACGAAAAUUUCAGGUAAAUGAAAUUUAAAAGCAUUUCAUCCUACCUCUCGUAGUGAAUGGAUAAACCUUUCUAAUGACUACAUGUAAUUAUAAAAAGGGGAAUUUUCGAGUGGCAAUGCAUGUUUGUUUAAACUGACUGUUUUCUGAUUUAUAGAUAUCAUUUCGAUGUAAUUUUUGAUUUGAUGAACUUCAUUUGUAUCAGCAUAAAAAUUAACAUUUGAGAG